AUGGAGAUCUUAGCCAGAAUUUUGGCUGAAAAGGCUAGUAGCCCUUUGUUCAAGUUUCAUUGGAGAUGUGAGAAAACCAAAAUUGUUAACCUAUGCUUUGCUGAUGAUUUGAUGAUCUUUAGUAGAGGGGAUCCUCAUACUGUUAACCUCAUUAUGCAGGGUUUGGAGGAGUUUAGGAGUUUGUCGGGCCUCACUCCAAGCCCUAGUAAGAGUAACAUUUACUUAUCGAGGUGUAAUUUGGAGCUUAAAGAGGCCAUUCUUCAUAUUAUUAAUUUUACUAAGGGCUCACUCCCUGUGAAGUAUCUAGGUGUGCCUUUGAUCACAACUAAGCUUAAGGUUAUUCAUGACAUUGAAAGUCUUCUUAGAUCUUUUCUGUGGUCUGGGACUGAGUUGAAGAAGCAUAGUGCUAAGAUUGCUUGGAAGAAUAUAUGUAAACAUAAGAAUGAAGGUGGUCUUGGCUUUAAGGAUAUGGAGGAUAAGGGUCCCAAAGUUCCUUGGUCCAAACUGAUCUGGGGACCUCCAUUAAUUCCUAGGGUUAGUUUUGUUGUGUGGUUGGCCAAUAAUGAGAGGCUGAAUACUGGUGAUAGAUUACAAAUGUUUGGUCUUGUUCCUAAUCCUAGUUUCCAUUUCUGUCAAGCUCCUGAGUCGAACCACACCCAUCUCUUUUUUAGGUGUGCUUAUUCUUCUAGGAUUUGGGCUGCUGUCCAGACUAAGUGUAACACUAGCUGUCCUAAUUUGUCUUGGGUGGAGACUGUUGAUUAUGCUACCAAGACACUAAAAGGCAAAACCUUGCAAUCUGUAAUCAUGAAACUGUCCUCCCUUUGCACUGCGUACCAUAUUUGGAUGGAGAGAAAUAGUAGAAUCUUUCGUAAGGUAUCCAAACCUGAAGAGAUUGUUACUAACUCUAUUAUCCAAAUGGUUAGAGGUAGACUUCUUUCUAUGGAAAAUGUAACUAAUUCUGCAGCAAAUUUGGACUGGUCUUGUGGUGGGUUGAGUGAUGUGAGCCUAGAUAUUCUGUAUAUCAAAUGUGGGUUGAGGGAAGUUAAGGAAGUUAUCACGUACUCAUUCUCUCUGUGGGUUCUGUGUGAGGAUGUGAGUAGUGGGUCAAGUGAAUUCCGAUACUCAUCUAUUACUCUAUAUUGGGCAGGUAUAUCUGAUCAUGGUAUGGUGGAGUGGCGGUAG